GUGAAAACACGUGGUCAACAGACAGCAUGGCCGUGCCGUGCCUGCUUGUUUUUAUCGCUGAGUUUUGAGUCGCCGGAUAAUUUCUUUGUGUUGAAUUGAGAUACUACAAACCUGCAGACUCCAGACUCCAGCAGGCUCAUCAUGGAAGAACCGUCAUUCCCCCGUGGUGGGAAAGAAAAAUUUGUAACCGCUGUGGAGGACAAGAAUUUGAAAAGGAAGCAAAAUGACGACCUUUUCGGAAAAGCAAACACUCAGAAGACCUCGAAGAAAGGAAAGAGAAGAGAAAAAGCUCCCGACAUCGAUAUCGAUUUUUCUGCAAAGCUGAAAGUUGUUGAGCCUUUGACUUACAAAACUUUGAGUGAAGGAAUGCUGGUUCUUGGCUGCAUUCGGGAAAUUCAAAGCUACCACAUGAAUGUGAGCCUCCCUGGAAGACUAACGGGCAGAGUUGCCAUUUCUGCUGUUUCCAAACAAUACUCGGAAGCUUUGAGUAGCUCGAAUAAUGUCCCUCCCUUGGAAGAAAUAUUUUUUGUCGGUCAACAUGUCGUCACGAAAGUAACAAGUAUUGCCAUGGAGAAAAGUUAUUACCAAGUUACGCUUUCCCUGGCCCCUGAUGAGAUCCACUCGGAGUUGACUCAUUCGUCGGUCAAAGAGGGAAUGGUUCUUACUGGAGCAGUAACUAGCAUAGAGGACCAUGGCUAUUUAAUUGACUUUGGAAUUGACUCACUUAGGGCUUUUUUGAAGAAGACCGAAGUGAAAGCUUUCAGAAAAGCUUACAACAUUAACGAACUUGCUGUUGGCCAACUUAUUCGCUGUUUGGUAACCAAGUCAAAAAGCAGUUCAACCAGCACAACUCUUGAGCUGAGUGCCGAUCCAUCAGCAGUGAAUGAAGCUCUAGUACCGCGUGAUUCAGGAAUAAAUCCUCAUCUGGUUAUCCCUGGCAUGCGAUUUGAAGUCGAUUCUCUUAUGCCUGUGGGACAUGGUGUAGCAGUCAAAUGGUUAAAUUUUGAUGGCUACGUUCACGUAGACCACUACCCUCACCAGAGGAAGCCCUUAGAGAGUCAGUUCUCUGAAGACGAAACCCUCUCAGCCACGGUCCUUUACUCCCUUCCUCUGGUCAGAACCGUUUUCCUGACCAUGCAGAAACCACAUCCCUUCAGCCUGGAAUGCAAGGACCCAAACCUUGCUACCAACGGUGUGCCCUCGAACUGCGACGUCAGCAUUGGAGAAGUUGUUGACAACGCUGAAGUAGUGAGCACCUCUUUCCGUGGACUUACUUUGAAGCUGAAGAAAAGUGACGAGGUCUUCGGCUUCGUUGGUCUCACCCAGAUUCCAAAAAUGACGGAGGAAGAAAAACUGAAGCUGCUGUACCCUCCCCAAACCAAGGUCCAGUGUCGGGUACUGAAGUAUGACGUGAUGGACCGAUUAUUGAUGUGUACAAUGCUGAAGGACAAAAUUAAGGACAAGAUGUUGAUGCUCAGUGAUCUGAAACCUGGCUCAACUAUACACUGUCAAAUAACUGAAGUACGGAAGAAAGAUUUGUACUUGGAAGUUAACAAACAUCCCAAUCUAAAAGCCAGAGUUCCUUCAAUACAUCUGUCAGACACUCAUGUGUCUGACAUUGGCAAGAGAUUCUCAGUCGGCCAGAGAGUAAAAGGAAGGAUCAUCUCUGUCGAUACCGAGAAAAAUAUUAUUUUUGUCACCCUAAAGCCAUCAUUAGUUCUAUCUCGCAAGCCAAUCCUGAGCUAUUACUCUGACAUUCCUCAGGACAAAUUCUUCGAAGGUGUUGUUUACCUGGUAGAUCCAAAAUUUUAUUUGGUCUCAUUCUUCAAUGGAGUUUCUGGCAAACUGAGCCUUAGCAACAUCCCUGUAGAAUUGAAUUCAAAAUUUUCUCUUGGUCAAACGAUCAAUGUCCGUGUGGCCAAGGUCAUUGGCCCAUCCAAGCUGAAGCUUAGUAUGGAAAAUCCGGAGGAAGAGAAAGAGGGUGCACAACUUAAUUUUGAAGUUGGCCGAGAAUACAGUGCCGUUGUGGACAGCAUCUACGGCAAAGAGAUCAAACUGACGAUUUCGUCAAAAGAUUUGGAGGGCGUUGGUUUUGUACCAAAGCCCCUUGUGACUGCCCAUCUUUCACUCGCAGAUUCUUUAAUGAAAUCUCUCUCUGCGGGCGACAAAGUGAAAGCUACGUGUCUUGCUACAAAUCUUAAGGGGAAGGGUGUCUUCACAAUCGACCAAGAACUUGCGCACACCUUGAAAGGUGGUAUGGACGAAGAAUUGAAGGUUUAUGCCCUUCUUCCAGGAUUUGUGAAAACCAUUGCCAAAACUGGAGUUAUCAUCAGGACUAUUUCGAAAAACAGCGAGAAUUCAAAAACCGUUAUUGCUUUCCAUAGAUCUUUGGCGGAUGACCCUGUCGAGGAAAUCAGAGACAUUUUCUCUGAAAACCAGCCUAUAAUGUUUAGAGUGGAGUCGGUGGUUGAAGAAACUGAGGAACAUAAAGAGCCAAUUUCUGCAACUGGAAGCACAAAACUCAUGGAUGUCUGUCCGUAUGGUGUUGAACAGGGUGGUGCAACAUUCAUGCAAAAUUACAUGAAUACCUAUGUAAAGAUACACAGCAAACUUAAGAAGGCUAAAAACGCCAUAGUUACAUAUGAGCCAGGGCAGAUGGUCAGCGCCAAAAUUGCAUCAGUUCAUGUUGGCCUUGCUGAGGUCAAACUGGAUGGUAGUGUGAAAGGUUUCAUCAACAGCUAUCAUUCCCAAGGUGCUGCCCUUGCUGAAGGCCAAGAAGUGCAAGCUGUGGUGAUUUGGGUUGAUAUGGGCACUCAGUGUGUCCAGCUCUCUACAAGACCUGAUAUUUUGAAGCAAAUACACAGGGAUCAAGUUUCUUGCCCUAAGCCAAAAAUUGACUCCACUCAUCGCGGAGAGGUCAUUCUAACAAAUGAUGAUGUAGCAGUUGUCAUCCUAAAAGGCCAGUGUAGAGGUUUGAUUGCUGUUGCUCCUGUGAAAAGACACAUCAAUGACUCAACGCCCAUCGAAUAUCAGCUUGGAAAAACAUGCAAAUUUGUUUUCAAGAGUCUUGACACUGUUCUGCCCACAUGUGUGAACAAAAGAGACUUGCCUAAUAAAGGAAAAAAGCCAAAGGUGCAUCCUGGAAGUCUUGAAAAGAAAAUCCAGAAAAUGGAUUCGAAAGAAUCCAAGAAGAGGCAAGUGGAAAUCAAGGAAGAGGUUGCCAGUGAUGACGAGGUUGGUGAAGUGGAAGUUAAGAGGCUGAAAGUUGAUGACGAGGCUACAAAGGAAGAAGAUAGGGAAAUUUUGGACGCGCCGGAUGAGGAUGAAAUGUCACAAUUGAGGAAGGAGGAGAUUCAAAUUGUAAAGAAAAUUGGCAAAAAGAAGAGUGAUCCUCAAACUCUAAAAGUGGACAACUUUGUUUGGGAUCCCAACCACGUAAAAGAGGAGGAUGAAGAAUCAUCAAGCGACGAAAGCGACGGAGAGGAAGCGCCUAAGAAGAAAAUGACUCUGGCCGAAAGGAGAGCCUUGGCCCGCAAGGAAGAGGAGAAACUUGUGAAGGCUGAGCAGAAACUUUUGAAUGAAGAGCAAACUCCGCAAAGCAUAGAUGAGUUUGAUAGACUUAUUAUGGCCUCCCCAGAUAGUUCGAUCAUUUGGGUCCAAUAUAUGGCAUUCCAUUUGCAAGCCACUGAAAUUGAAAAAGCAAGGGCUGUCGCAAGGAAAGCCAUCAAGACAAUUUCCUUCAGAGAGGAGCAAGAAAAACUGAACGUUUGGGUUGCUCUCUUGAACUUGGAAAAUUUGUAUGGUACACCUGAAAGUUUAGAAAAAACUUUACAAGAGGCAGUGCAGUUGAACGAUGCUAAAAAGGUUUACGUUCAGAUGUUAAAAAUAUUUGGGGACACCAAUAAAAUUGAGGAGGGAAAUUCACUGUUUGACACAAUGCUGCGCAAGUUCCGUUCUGAUAAAGAAAUGUGGGUCUAUGGAGGGACCUUCUACUUCCAAACAAAUCAGCUUGAAAAGGGAAGACAUCUUUUGCAACGAGGGCUUCGCAGUUUGGAAAAUAGAGACCAUGUGGACGUCAUCUGUAGAUUUGCCCAUCUCGAAAAUAAGUACGGGUCUGCAGAAAGGUGCCACACUUUGUUCGAGCACAUCCUGUCGAGCUACCCUAAGCGAACAGACAUUUGGAAUUCCUACGUUGAUUUGCUGAUCAAAGCAGGAAAUGUUGAUGCAGCGAGGAGUUUGCUUGAUCGAGCUAUCGCCCAGAAAUUGCCUGUGAGGAAGAUGAAGGUGAUCUUCAAAAAAUAUCUGGAGUUUGCUCAGCAGCAUGGAAAUGAAGAUGAGGUUGAGGCUAUCAAGACAAAAGCACAGGAGUUUGUACAGUCCGUAGCUUCAAAUUUGCCCAUCAAUGAUGAUUCAGAUGUUGAAUAAAAAAUAAAUUCUUAUUACUUUACAAGUUAAAUAAAGGGAAAAAACACCAUAAUUAUGUUA